AUGCAGAGCACCGACUCGAAUAAGGUACAAGGCAUCAACUGUGGCGGCAAAGCUAUUCUUCCACCCUCGGUGCUCGACCACAUCAUGCAAAUGGACAACCAAUCGCCAGUCAUGUUGUUCAAGGUGAUGAACAUCAAGCCCGAGCGCCAGAAGGCGACGCACUGCGGCGUUUUGGAGUUCAGCGCCGAGGAGGGUCGUUGCUACUUGCCGGCUCGCUCGAUGAGGGCGAUGCUGUUCGUGUCGACUCGGCCGUUCUGCCCAAGGCUACCUAUGCCAAGC